AUGAAUAAGGAAAAAGAAAUUAUUGAACGGUUUACCGAAAACCUUAAUCAAAAGGCUAAGGUUAACGAAUUAGCAGUAAUUGGACGAGAGGGGGAAAUUAAGCGGUUAAUUUAUAUCUUGUCACGGAUGAUGAAAAAUAACCCAUUGCUAAUUGGUUACCCCGGAGUGGGAAAAACCGCCUUAGUCGAAGGAUUAGUUCAAAGAAUUAAGCAGGAGCGAGUGCCCGAUUAUUUGCGAGGCAAAACCAUUUACCAACUCGAUAUGAUAUCCUUAAUGGCUGGAACUAGGUUUCAAGGUGAAUUGGAAGAAAGGUUAAAAACCAUCUUCAGUUUCAUGGCUCAGCCAGAAAAUAACGCCAUUCUUUUUAUUGAUGAAAUUCAUUUAAUGGUGGGGGCUGGUCGCAGUCAAGGAGCUUUGGAUAUUUCUAAUCUGCUCAAACCGAUGCUUUCUCGAGGCGAAAUUCAAUGCAUUGGAGCAACUACCCACGAGGAAUAUCGUCAAUAUGUCGAAAAAGAUGGAGCCUUAAUGCGUCGUUUCAGCAAUAUACUAGUUCCCGAACCUAGCCGAGAAGAUACUUUAAGGAUUUUGCACGGAAUUCGCAACUAUUUUGAGGUUUAUUAUGAAUUAAAAAUUUAUGAUGAAGCUCUCAAGGCAGCAGUAGAAUUUUCGCAACGUUAUCUUACGAAUACUUAUUUGCCAGAUAAAGCAAUUGAUUUGGAAUUGGAAAUAGUCAUGCUUGCAGCAGCCAAGGAAGAAAAAAAGGAUGAAACAAAACUAUUUAAACUUCAAGAAGAGAUUAAAAAACAGCGGGCAAAAUUAGAGGAAUUAUUAGAGUUAGAUAGGAAAGAAGUAGAAAUUAUUCAGAAAUUAAACCAAGCCAAGAAAGAAUUGACUCAAGCCGAAAAAGAGUUGAAGGUUUAUCUGCAGAAAAAAAUCGCUCUUGACAACAAAGCCGGCGGGCUGAUGAAUUUGACUAUCCCCUCCCUCAAAAAAAAAAUUGCGGAAUUGGAAGAACAAGCCACCCAUAAUGAAUUAAGGGAAAAUUUUAUCAACCGGGAGACCAUUGCCUUAACCAUUGCUCAUAAGUAUGGUUUAUCAGUGAAAAAAAUUAUGGCUGAUGAGCAAGAAAAAUUAUUUCUUCUUCCGACUAUUCUUCAAAAAAGAGUAAAAGGACAAAACCAUGCUUUGCGAGUGGUGAGUGAUGCUAUUUUUCGAGCCCGAGCCGGAGUUCAAGAUCCUAAUCGACCUUUAGCCUCUUUCCUUUUUGUUGGUCCAACUGGGGUUGGCAAGACAGAAGUAGCUUUGACCAUUGCUGAGCAACUUUUCGACCAAAGGAAAAAUUUUCUCCGCCUCGACAUGACUGAGUUUUCUGAACCACAUUCUAUUAGUAAACUGAUUGGUUCUCCUCCGGGAUAUAUUGGUCAUGAAAAUGAACCACGACUGGAAAUUAUUCGUGAAAAAAUGCACAGUGUAGUGCUUUUUGAUGAGAUAGAGAAAGCCAACCUUGAAGUGGUUAAUAUUCUUUUGCAAAUACUAGACAAUGGCUUUCUGACUUUAGCUAAUGGUCGCGAAGUUAAUUUUCGCAAUACCAUUAUCAUUUUGACUACUAAUUUAGGUUCAGAAUUAUAUUUUGAAAACAAGGAAAUGAGUGAAAUAAAAGAAGCGUUAGAUUUCGAGUUAAAAAACCAUUUUCGUCCCGAGUUUCUCAACCGGCUUGAUGAGAUAGUCUUUUUUAAUUCCCUGAGCGAAGGCAUUAUUCGGGAGAUUAUUGCUAAAGAAUUAAAAUUGUUUGUGGAGCGAGUCAGUCGAGAAAAAAUGAUUGAAUUAGAUUACAAUGAUGAAAAAAUUUCGGAGCCUUCUUUUGGUAGUAAUCCAGCAGCAGAGCAAAAGAACAAAGGCAUAAUUGAGAAAAUUUUCCAAGCCAAUCAAGUUCAUUUCCGAGGCUAUGGAGUCCGACCGAUUAAACACUAUAUCGAAAGGAAAAUCGGCACCCUGCUUGCUCGUGGAAUUGUUUCUCAAUAUAUUCAGCCAGGAGGCAGGUAUCGACUUGAUUUAGAAGAGGGAACGGAGGAGAUUAAAAUAAGUUUAGAGUUUUAUUUAAAGCAUGUUUGGUCAGAUAACCACCGUAAUUUUGAAUUACAAUGGAAUGGAGAAGAUGCCGAAGGAAACAUUGGUUUUUCUGAAACUCGUCCUAACACCUUAGUUGCUUUUAAAAAUAUUUCUUUAAUUGAUGGAGGAUUAGUUUUCUUUCUAACUUCGCCUCAGUCUAUUUCUCUCAAUCACCGUAAUUAUACCUAUAACAAAGUUUUUUGGUUUCCUGGUUUUUGUGCUCCAAAAGAUUAUGAAUUUAUUAAACAAAGGUUAACCGAAAGGAAAGCCGAUAAAAAACCUUUGAUUAUUAAAACCAUUUUAAGUCAAGGAAGAACUACCGAUUUAGUUCAUGACUAUCAAAAAGAAGUGCCUUUCAUUGAAAGUGAUAUUGCGGAGAAUAUGAAAAGAGAAAUCAAAAAUGCCAUUCAAAACCUUGCAAGUAAUAACGAUAAUGAGCCAAAACCCAACCAAAAUCAUCCUGUUGGUGAUAACAAAGUAGGAAUGAAUAAAGGUAAAAAAACUGAAAAUGAAUCAGCAAAGCAAAAAGAAGUUAAGUCUAAGAAUGAACCGGAAAAAAAUAACUCGGAAACUUCCGACUUAAAGGAGCAGCAAAAGGUUGAUCAGGUGGAAAAUGAAAGCAUUGAAUCAAAAAAACUUGCAGAAGAAGUUGCCAAACUAAAAAAAGAUAAAUUGUUGCUUCUAGCAGAAAUAGAAAAUAAAUAUAAAGACUUUCAACGGCAAAUGAAAUAUGUAUACAAAUAUGGUAGCAAAAUAUUUGUCUUGCAAGUCCUUGAUUUUUUGGUCGAGUUAGAAGAAAAAGCCUUAAAAACCAUGCAAAAUGAUCUUGAAGAAAAUCACGGAAGUGAACCGAAAAGUCGGGAAAAGGAAGAGUUGUUUCAGCAAUUAAAGGUGGCAAAUAAACAGAAUGAACUAGUUGAAAAGUUAAAGGAAGUAACUAAGCAAUUAGAGGCAGAAAAUAAACAACUGAAAAAAGAACAAACAUUAUUGGUUAGCAAGUUUAAGGGUCAUUUAGUAGGAAUUGAAAUAAUCAAAAACAAUCUUAAAAAAAGGUUAGAAGCUGAAGGAGUAAAAGAAAUAGAAGUUAAGGUAGGAGAAGAACGGGCAGAUAGCAGACAUCAUGAAUUAAUAGAAGAAGUAGAAAAUAAUAAUUUAGUAGAAGGAACUAUUGUUGAAGUGGUGGAAAGGGGAUACUUUUUUCAUGAAGAAGUUAUUCGAAGAGUUAAAGUAAAAACUGCUAAAAGUUCAAAGAAAAAUUAA